AUGCGCAGUAUUGCUGUGAUCGUCCUGUUGGUAGCGGUGGCUAUGGGGCUUCAGGCAACAGCAACCCAGAGAAAUCUUAGGUACUCCGAACGCGAGGCGGUGUCCGAGUUGGCGGCGCAGAUCCUGCGCGUGGCUCAGGGACCCUCGGCCUUCGUCGCGGGCCCUCACAAGCGCAACUCGGAGCUGAUCAACUCCCUCCUGGGGAUCCCCAAGGUCAUGACCGACGCCGGAAGGAGAUAGACAAUGAGGGGAAAUUUACUGUAGAAUGUUAGAAGUCUGUGGAUUUUAGCAUCGUCCAAUCAAUGU